UACUGCGUUCGCCACAGUGUGUAUCGAGCCACGGCGCAGUUGGCAGUAGUACCGCGAGCCCACGAGCUGACCAGUCGACCGGUAGAACUCUUCGCUGCUGUCAUCGCGUCGGUACGCUGCGUGACCUCAACCUUCAACAAGUCCGCGGUAGGAAACAGGCACCUUCCGGCGAUCGAUAAAAUUGUGGUCCGAAUAAUUACCAACGGUGUUGGAUGGAAAUGGUGAAAUUAUGAAGGCUUGCUAGAAAGUGUUUCGCGGUUUCGCUCAUUGACAAAUUGUGCUAGCCUACUGUGAUAAGGUGAUAGGGUUGGAACUCGACGCCGAUCGAUUCGCAAUAUAGAGUGAUACGUGAUUCAGCGAAAAUGUUAUCACUGGAAUGAGUAGUGACUUGCGCGUCAUAUAAUCGACUAUCAUCUGUUGUUUAUACGCCUCAAACGGCACCAGUUGUGUGUAAAUAUGAACGGCGUUUGCGUUGGUGUGUCAUGAAUAAUUCAAUCCGAGAGACACCAUUCACCAGGCACUAUUCAAUUGCAUUCUGUCGUGUGUAUAUGUUUGCUAGUGAAUAUGCUGCACGUGAAGUAAUUGUUCCAUUACAUUAGACGAUUCAGUCUACCGAACAGUAAGCACAGUGAUAAGGAAGAUAUACGGUUGCAUAUCCGUGCACAAUGACUAGCAAAUGGGACAAGUUUUGGUUGCUGCUCUGGAAAAAUUGGAUUAUUCAGAAGCGGCACUAUCUACAGACGCUGUUCGAGAUUCUGAUACCGGCGUUAUGCUGCUCGAUGCUAAUUCUGGUUCGCGGUUUAGUGGACCCGGAAAAAGUUACCGAACCGUUAAUCUUUCAUCUGAUGGAAGCGGACGUGCUCACAGUAUCGACCUUCCAAAUACCGCCAGUUAUCUCAAAAGUUGCAUACUCGCCAAAAAAUGACAUCCUUGAUGCCUUACUGCAAGAUGCUCUGGAAAAUCAUCUACGAAGCUCGACCAACUUGACACACGAAGGAUAUCCGGAUUCUCGAAGCCUGGAAAGCUUGCUAAUUCAACAAAAUUACCUGGUUGGAGUCGAGUUUGAUGAUGACCUUGCGAACAUCACAUCUCUACCGGAACAAAUCAACUUCGGCUUACGGUUCCCUGGGGAAACCCGAAUCGGUCGAUGGUUGUUUUCGAACUGGCACACUAACCUGCUUGUGGUACCUUUUUCGUCGGGAGCGAGAAACCCGAACAUGUCCGAUGGGGGUAAUCCAAACUACAUGUACGAAGGCUUUACACCAAUUCAGACGGCCAUUUCGAGUGCUUUUUUGGCUGCAAAAAAUCCACAAUUCGUAAGGCAUAAUGUGUUUCUGAGACGAAUACCGUAUCCUCCCUACUAUGAAGACCAACUGCUACCGGCUAUGGAGGCACUGUUACCGUUGAUCAUUCUGAUCGCGUUUUUUUAUACAUGCAUCAAUACCGUGAAGCAUGUCACGAUCGAGAAGGAACGCCAGCUGAAGGAAGCUAUGAAGAUUAUGGGACUGCCGAAUUGGCUGCACUGGACCGCUUGGUUCGUGCGCUCUUUGAUUAUACUGCUCAUCACCAUCUCUCUGGUUACGAUACUGAUGACCGUGAGCUUAACCACUAACACGGAGUUGGCCGUAUUGGAGUACAGUGACUGGUCAGUUCUAUGGGUAUUUUUGCUAGCUUUUGCGAUCGCUACCAUCUGCUUCUGUUUUAUGAUGAGCGUCUUUUUCAACAAAGCAAACACCGCUGCCGGGAUCGCAGGGCUGAUGUGGUUCUUGAUGAUGAUGCCAUUCAACAUAACCGUGCGGAAUUACGACGAUAUGAGCACGGGGUCGAAGCUAGCUUUAUGCUUGCUUUCUAACACGGGUAUGGCAUACGGAGUGCUGAAUAUUGUCCGCCUGGAGGGUAAUCAAGCGGGACUCCAGUGGUCCAACCUGUUCACACCGUCGACGAUGAACGACGGCUUUAGCGUUGGGUUGGUCAUCGUUAUGUUUCUUGUUGACGCGCUGCUCUAUCUAGCGAUCGCGCUCUACUUUGAGCAGAUCAUGCCGGGAGAGUUUGGUGUUGCGAGGCCGUGGUAUUUUCUGUUUCAAAAGGAAUAUUGGAGGUCGAACAAGGUUGAGGACGUGUAUCAAAAUGGAAUCGAGGCACCCGUGGAUUCGAAAUAUAUCGAGCAAGAUCCACCGUUGAAGCAUGCGGGGGUUGUAAUUAAACAUUUACGCAAGGUUUACGACAAGAAGGUUGCUGUAGAAGGGUUGGAUUUGAAAAUGUACGAAGAUCAGAUUACGGUUCUGCUGGGGCAUAAUGGGGCGGGUAAGACCACCACGAUGUCGAUGCUGACGGGAAUGUUCUCUCCGACCUCCGGUACAGCUAUGGUUAACGGGUACAAUAUUCGCACUGACAUUGAAGGCGUCCGCCGGUCUCUUGGCCUUUGUCCACAGCAUAAUGUGCUGUUCAGUGAGUUGACAGUUGCGGAACAUAUAAGGUUUUUUGCGAAGCUCAAAGGAGUAGGAGGGAAAGAUAUCAGCGAGGAAAUUGAAAAGUAUAUUGACCUGCUGGAGUUGAAAGAUAAAACGAACGCUCAAUCGCGAACACUUUCAGGAGGAAUGAAAAGAAAACUGGCCGUUGGGGUGGCUCUCUGUGGCGGGUCGAAGGUAGUGUUUUUGGAUGAACCAAGCUCUGGAAUGGAUCCUUCGGCACGCCGAGCUCUGUGGGAGCUCCUACAGAAAGAGAAAAUCGGACGAACAAUUCUACUGUCGACACACUUCAUGGAUGAGGCGGAUGUGUUGGGCGAUCGGAUCGCGAUCAUGGCUGAAGGUUGCCUAAAGGCGGUUGGGUCACCAUUUUUCCUGAAAAAAGCCUUCGGGGCUGGCUACCGACUGAUCUGUGUUAAAAACGAAAACUGUGAUAAAGCUAGGCUGCUGACUAUUUUGGGCAAGUAUCUGACGGAUGUGGCUGUAGAGACUGACAUUGGGACGGAGCUAUCGGUUGUUCUACGGGAGGACUAUAUCGAACGUUUUCAGUCUAUGUUGGAAGAUUUGGAGAAUGAAAUGGACGCCUGUGGUAUUUCUAGCUAUGGUAUUUCACUUACCACCAUGGAGGAGGUGUUUUUAAGAUCAGGGACUGAUUUCGAGGAAAACUCUGCUAAGAUGGAUCGGAGAAUCUUUAUGAAUUCUGCCACAAACGAAUAUGCCCUGGAAAAUCUGCACCUCGUAAGCGGAAGCCGCCUACUCUUCAACCAAACCAAAGCUCAAUUCAUGAAAAAACUGUUGGUAACUUUCCGCAGCCUUAUCACGCUGGCCAUGCAGAUUCUCAUUCCAGUUGUGUUCGUUUUGGCUACCUACAUAAUAAUUUUGAAUUCGACUGCUGGUCGGGAUCUCCCAGCACUGAAUAUUGAACUGCAAUCUUACAGCAAAUCCGUUACAGUUCUGGAGGACAUUAGUGAAGGUGACCAAGCCAUUGCACAAAGCUACCAGCGACUGCACAGUCAGCUCGGGCCAUAUCACGAGUUGCUGACAACGGCUGAUGACAUGAACGAUUUCAUUCUGCGAAAGUCGGCCGAAUCGAUUGCCAUCGUCAAUACACGCUACUGGGUGGCAGCUACCAUCAACAAAUCCUACUCUAUAGCAUGGUUCAAUAACAAGGCCUAUCAUACCGCCCCGUUGGCCAUAAACUUACUCUUCAACGCUUAUCUGCAGUCCUUCUGCUCCAACUGUAGUAUUGGAGUUACGAACAAACCACUGCCGUAUCGUUUGGAAACCAGAUUCGAACAGCUGGACACCGGAGCAAACUCCGGUUUUCAACUGGCUUUCAACACCGGUUUUGCGAUGGCUUUCGUGGCAGCUUUGUACAUCAUGUUCUAUAUCCGCGAGAGGACCACCCGUGCCAAGCUGCUCCAGUUCGUCAGCGGAGUUAACGUGUGCCUGUUCUGGGCAGUGUCCUUCAUCUGGGACUAUCUGGUAUUUGUGGUGGUUAGUUUGUUCUACUUGGCGACCGUGGCCGCAAUUCAGCAGGAUGGCUGGUCUACUUUCGAGCAGUUAGCAAAGGUUUUUCUGGUGCUUUUGCUGUUUGGAUUUGCUGUGAUCCCUACUACGUAUCUGUUCUCGUACCUGUUCGACGUUCCGGCGACCGGUUUCGUGAAGUUAAUGCUGCUGAAUAUACUCACUGGUACGGUGUUCUUCACGGCGGUUACUUUGCUUAAGUUCGAUGGAAUCGAUCUGCAGGAUGUUGCGAAUACCCUGGAGUGGGUUUUCAUGUUUUUCCCAAAUUUUGUACUUAGCCAUGCGAUGAACAAUCUCAAUCGGAUAGCAAGCAUAGAUGUUUUCUGUACGAAACAGUGCGAUUCCAUCCCGAUAUGUACGGCAGAACUGAUGUGUCAACUGGUGCCACAAUGCUGCCUGAUCGAGGACGUUUUCACUUUCGGAGAGUAUGGGAUCAAUCGAAAUUUACUGUUUUUUGCUGGAUUAGGAUUGGGAGCUUUCGGGCUCAUCAUGAUAAUCGAAUAUCGUCUGAUAAAGUGGGUAUCAACAUCCUUGAGACGCAAAACUGUGAAAAACUCCAGUGAUGAGGCAGAAAUCGAUUCAGACGUGCUCGCGGAGAAAAGGCGUGUCCACGAUAUGCCCCAAGGAGAGAUAAAUAGUUACAAUCUGGUUCUGAAGGAUGUUUCCAAGUACUACAAAAACCUCCGAGCGGUCAACAAACUCUCAAUUGCAGUACGUCACUCGGAGUGCUUCGGGCUGCUGGGAAUUAAUGGAGCUGGAAAGACAUCAACGUUCAAGAUGUUGACUGGUGAUGAGAACAUUUCCGCUGGCCAAGCUUGGGUUAGUGGGAUAAGUUUGCUCACCGAAAUGAAUCGAGUCCAUCGACAUAUUGGAUAUUGUCCGCAGUUUGAUGCCCUGCUAGAAGAUCUUACCGGGCGGGAAACCCUAAAGUUGUUUGCCAUGCUUCGUGGAGUUCAAAACCAUGAGCUUAACAGCGUUUCGAUUACUUUGGCGGAAGAACUGAAUUUUAUGAAGCACAUAGAUAAACGCACGAAGGCGUACAGUGGAGGCAACAAGCGAAAAUUGAGCACGGCUCUAGCACUGAUGGGCAACCCGGCCGUGGUGUACCUGGACGAACCAACUACCGGCAUGGAUCCGGGUGCAAAACGACAACUGUGGAAUGUCAUAUGCAAAGUGCGGGAAGCGGGAAAAGCUAUCGUACUCACCUCGCACAGCAUGGAAGAAUGUGAAGCCCUAUGUUCCCGGCUUGCCAUUAUGGUGAAUGGCGAGUUCAUGUGCCUGGGUUCUACGCAGCAUUUGAAAAAUAAAUUUUCCAAAGGAUUCCUGCUGACGGUUAAAGUGAAACGAGAUCCAUUAGCCGAUUUAUCCGAAAGGGUAGACCGAGUGAAACUUUUUGUUCGGGAACGGUUCACAGGAGCAGUAUUAAAGGAAGGUUAUCAGGAUUCUCUCAGCUUUCACAUUCCACAGUCCGCCCUCCGCUGGUCCACUAUGUUCGGGCUAAUGCAAUCGGCCCGAGAGCAGCUGGAAAUCGAAGAUUACGCCCUUGGCCAAACCUCGUUGGAGCAAGUGUUUCUUUACUUCACUAAAUAUCAAAGGGAGAGUGAAUAGAAACCCUUACCGCUAA